UGUCCCUCAGAUCACCGAUCCACAGAAAGAGCCGAAGAUGGGACAUGUACACUGAUCAUCAGAGCACUGAUGAUCAGUGUGCUCUGAUAAUCUGUGCAGCCCCAGCAGCACCACCUGUCAGUGUCCAUCAGUGCCAGCUCUCAGUGCUCAUCCAUGCCACCUGCCAGUGCCCAUCAGUGCCACAUCAAUGCCACAUUUCAGUGCCUAACAGUGCACAUCAAUGCCACAUAUCAGUGCCCAUCUGAGCUGCCUUUCAGUGUCACCCAUCAGUGCCAGUCAGUGCCACAUAUCAGUGCUCCCAGUCAGUGCCACUUAUCAGUGCCAGUCAGUGCCGCCUAUCAGUGCCAGUCAGUG